CGAGCGCCCGGGCCCGCGACGCUGCCCCCAGAGCGCCCGAGCCCGCGACACGCAGCCGAGGUCGGGCGGCCCCGCGGCGGCGGCGGGCGCGGCGGGCGCGGGCGGCCUGGCCGGGGCCGGUUAAAGGGACGAGUUGCAAACAGUUCAGGAAGUGACAAGUCGAUUUCCUCCUCCCCGGGAGCCGCUCGGUACAAAGCGCUCGGCGCCGGCAGGACAGCGUGCGCGCGGCGGACGCGCGGCGGGCAGCCCGGACGACUCGGCGAGCGCCGGCGGCGACGGCGCGGGGCCCCCGCCCGGAGCGCCCCGCCGCGCACAGGAGUUGAGCGCACUUGGCCGUUUCCUGGAAGAGCCCCAGCCCGAGGGUGAGCGGCCGAUGGGGAGCUGUUACUGCUGACGCCAGUCACCUGGGAGGUGCCCGGGAGGCCACCUCUGCCCCAGGCUGCCCGACCGAAGAUGGCUCACACCCACCCUGGGAUGGAGCCCAGUGCCUGAGGUCCUUACCAUGGUGAUGAUCCUGAGUCACAGCCUUGACGACCAGGGAGCUGACUCCAUAGCAUGCAGGACCUUCAACCCUGAGCUGCACACGCCAAAGAAGAUGAGUCAAGGACCGACCCUUUUCUCUUGUGGAAUUAUGGAAAAUGACAGAUGGCGAGACCUGGACAGGAAAUGCCCUCUUCAGAUCGAGCAGCCGAGCGCCAGCAUCUGGGAGUGCCUACCCGAGAAGUGUCAGGACAGCGCCCUGUGGCACCGGGAGGCAGCGACUGCCUGCGCGGUGACCAACCUGAUCAAAGACCUCAGCCUCAGCGACCACAACGGGAACCCCUCAGCACCCCCCAGCAAGCGCCAGUGCCGGUCACUGUCCUUCUCUGAUGAAAUGUCCAGCUGCCGGACAUCAUGGAGGCCCUUGGGCUCCAAAGUCUGGACUCCGGUGGAGAAGCGGCGCUGUUACAGCGGCGGCAGCGUCCAGCGCUAUUCCAACGGCUUCAGCACCAUGCAGAGAAGCUCUAGUUUCAGCCUCCCUGCCCGGGCCAAUGCGCUCUCCUCGCCCUACGACCAGGCGGGAUUCCACCACCGCUUUGGGGGUCAGCCCUGCCAAGGGGCGCCGGGCGCGGCCACCUGUGGACAGGCGGGCGACAUCUGGAGCCCCGACCCGAACCCCGUGGGCGGCGGCCGGCUCGACAUGCAGCGGUCACUGUCUUGCUCGCACGAGCAGUUUUCCUUUGCAGAGUACUGUCCACCCUCAGCCAACAGCACACCUGCCUCAACACCAGAGCUGGCCAGGCGCUCCAGCGGCCUGUCCCGAAGCCGCUCCCAGCCGUGCGUCCUUAACGACAAGAAGGUGGGCGUUAAGCGGCGGCGCCCGGAAGAGGUGCAGGAGCAGCGGCCUUCCCUAGACCUUGCGAAGAUGGCACAGAACUGUCAGACCUUCAGCAGCCUCAGCUGCCUGAGCUCUGGGAUGGAGGACUGCGGCCCUCACAGCCCCUUCGCCCUCCACGUCAGCAGCACCAGGUCCUGGACCGCCUUGCUCUCGGCCUCGGCUUCCAGCCUGGGGGGCAGGACCCCCGCCGGGACCCCCGUCCCCGAGCCUCUGCCCCCGGCCUUGGACGACCAGCUCGCCUGCAAGGAGGAGCGGUGCUGCGAGGAGUCGGGCGGCUGCGCCCUGGGCGAGCACUGUGGCAGGAGUUGGGGGCCGGCCACGGCCUGGCGGGACCGCGGGGUGGCCGGGAGCAGCCCCUGCUCCCUGGACGGCGAGCUGGACAUCGAGCAGAUAGAGAACAACUGAGGGGCAGCGGGCGCCGGGCGGGCACUUGACGCGGGGAGCCCCACCCCCGGGAGCUCCCUGAGGGCAUCGGGACCCAGGGAGCCUGCGCUCUGGCCCCGGAGAGGCUGUCCCGCCCGAGGGCCCGGCCCCGGCCCCUCACCAGCACGGGCGGCCCCUCCCC